AUGACGUCAGCCUCGUUGGGAGACAUAUCGAUCUCGCCAAUGGUGCCCGAUGAGCUCGAAGGGACGGUGGCUCCCGUCGGCUCCGAGCCAGUCGACAUCACCCUCGCCUUCGUCUUCUCGACCAUUUCGGUGAUCGGAGUGCUCGGAAACCUUCUCGUCAUCACAGUCGUUCUCAAAGUUCGCGGAAUGGUAAGAGCUGACAAGAAGAGACAAUUAAUCACUUGGUCCCAAUCGUUCAGAAGACGCCCACCAACUGCUACUUGGUCUCGCUGGCCGCCAGCGACACGCUCUUCUUCUUCGCUUCGAUGCCCCAUGAAAUGAUGUACCUUCUCGGACCCAACGAUCAUUAUUUAUUCGGAAAGAUUGGUGAGUUCGAAAGUUCGCUCUUUUCCGUCUGUUUGCCGGUCACUUAUCAAAAAACUGAAGAGAAUGACCACGAUAAAAUCAGUGAGUGGUCAGUGAGUGGGCGGGCAUUCAGGACACAACUCAAAGUGAAACGAUCAAUUUUAGUGAAAUAAUUUUUAAAAUACGCGAGGCGCAUAAGCAGUUCCGAUUUGACCUGAAAAGAAACGGUUUUUAUCAGUCUCCUUAUUCUUGGAGAUGGUUCUUUGAUCUAAUCCGCGUGGUUCCAGGGUGCGUGCUGCUCACCUACCUACCGUAUCUCGCAAUGAACACCUCCAGUCUCUCGAUUCUCGCGUUCACAAUCGAGAGGUACUACGGUAUUUGCAAUCCGUACAAAGCCAGAACCAUGUGCACGGUGAAGCGUGCCACGUGCAUCAUCUGUGGAAUCUGGAUCUUCUCAAUGCUCUACCACUCCUACUGGCUCUUUUUGGCCACUUUAAUCCAAGACGACAUCGGAACUUCGUGCAGUUUCCGAUUGGAACGAAACAGUCACGCGUACAAGGUAUCCUUCCGUUUCCCCUUUUGCAAACUUCCGAAUACACCCGAUUCCAGAUCGUUUUCCUCCUCGACUUCGUCCUCUGGUACGUGCUGCCGAUUCUCUGCGACAUCGUGAUCUACGCCAAAAUCGGUAUCACUUUGAGUCAAUGUGGCGAUAAGAUCAAGAAAUCGGUGAAGCCGAAAAGUAUAGAUGAUCCCCCGAUCGCCUCCGAAAAACAAUCGGGUUCAGAAAUUUCAGUGUCGAACGAAAUGAUCGUCGAAAAGUCGAAAACGUCGUCGGCGUCAAUGGGACAUUACUCCGGAAGGGAAUCUCAUAUUUCGGGUAAACGGAAUUCGACGAAGGGGAAGAACCAGGUGCGGCGGGCGGCGGAUUGUUUGCACUCACCCGCAGUCUCCCCUUUCAGGUCGUCAAAAUGCUCGCGAUCGUCGUGGCGGUGUUCGCGAUCUGCUGGCUGCCCUACCGUGGAAUGGUCGUCUACAACUCGUUCGUUUCGGAUCCAAAGUAUUCGUGGAGUCCCGACUGGUACAUUAACUUGUCAAAGACGCUCGUAUUCAUCAACUGUGCCAUCAAUCCCAUUCUGUACAAUUUAAUGUCCGCCCGAUUCCGUGCUGCGUUCAAAUCGUUGCUGUCCAAGACAAAACACUCUGGAUUCAAGAGUGAAUUCACAAAAAGUAAGGUUUGCGGCCGGAUUCUAAAAGAUCUUCUCGUUCUCAGGCACCGCUCUCAACCACCGGCACCGGCUCAACACGAUGGAUGUGAUGUCGUCGGCCGAGCCGAAGUCUCCGCUGAUCACCUCGAUGGCCGGCACCCCCUAA